CAGCUGUCACUCUCCAUUCGUCCGACAGAGGUGGACGCGCUACUGGAGCUGGUCUCCAGCGCUGACUGGGAUUUGCUUUUGAUUUGGAAGGACCCUGCUGGCUGGGGGUGCAGUGGCCAUUUGAGUGGGAUUCUACCUGUUGAGCUCUUUUCGUAGAUAAAUAACUCACCUUCUAUUUUUACCUGCUGCUGGCAGCACACGUUUAAGCCGAGCAGGACCUCCUGAAACAUUUUAACAGGAAGAACCAAGUGCUGACCCACUGUAGGGCCAUCAUGUACCAGGCUACUGUCACCCAGCGAAUGGACAACACCAUCCCAAGCAGGGUCAUGGAUGAGUCUGAGAUCUGUUCUGUGCCUGAGGGACUUGCCAGUGUGAGGAAACAAUUUAAGACCCAGGAAACUACCUCGACUACCACAUCACAAGUAACCCAGUUCCAUUUCCAGCACAGCAGUGUGCAGUUACAGGAAAUGUCACACUCAGAGGUCUCUGUAUCAAGCGGCGGGCAACAGAUGGUGACAGGCACUCAGCAGCUACUAUCCAACCAAGAAAAAAUGGUGUCAGACAGUGACAAUAACUUGCAUUACAGUGAUAAAGACCAUGAAAAUGAAGAAGAGGAAUUUCCUAGAUACACAACAAAAGAACUAAGGGCUCACUUCGAAAGAACUAUAGAAGAAGCAGCCCCACACAAACCAAUUAAGAUUGGACGUGACAUCAAUCGGUCAAAGUGGUCCCAAUGUGUGACCCAAAACAACACAGUGACUAAUGAGGUGCACCAAGAGUCAGUAGUCGAAGCAGAAGAGGACACAUUGGAUGCCAUGAUAGAUUACGAGGACUUUCCACCACCACCACCUCCACCAGCAGCCAUAGAAGACUCUGAUUACCUUCCGCCUCCACCGCCGGAUUUACUCCAAAUGUCAUCAGGCAUUGAAAAUAUUCCCGUUAGUCAUUACUCAUCUGAAGAUCCUCAAGGUUUAGUGAACUCGGGCAAAAACCUUCUCAGGAAAGAGGCUUCCAUCAAGCAGAGGAGCAUGUCUGAGCUGAAACGUCUGUACAAGCACAUUCAUCCCGGAGUUCGGAAAAAUAUUGAAGAGGAGUUCUACAAUGAAUACAAUGAAUCUGUAUACAACCAGCGUGAUAGUCAAGCUUACUUAUAUGAGAAUGAAGCUGAUGUCACCGAAGAGGAAUACGAAUGGGAAGAGAUUCUGCCUGGAGAUGUGCAGUCAAGGCGCUGGAUGUUUGAAAAUAAGCCACUAGAUGCCAUCAAGGAUGAAUCCCUGGAUGGAGAUGAAGACAAUAACAAGCUUACAGAGAAAGAGAUGAUUCUUGGAAAGGAUGUGAGACGUACGGCGUGGAUGUUCGAGACAAAGCCGAUGGAUGAGUUAGGUCCACGUGAGAUCGACUCGAUGGAGUAUAGGAACAAGUUCAACAAGUUUGACAAGGGAGAUGUCCGAGCUGCAGCGUGGCUGUUUGAAACCCAAACAAUGGACAGUCUGAAUAAAAUGCACAAGGAAGAGGAGCUCACCAAAGAGGUCGUGUUUACAAGAGAGGAUGGAAUUGCCACCAUUUACAUGAUUGACAAUAAGUAUAUGGAAGGCCUCGGACACACUGAGACAAUCAAUGAGCGCCAUCUGUUGAGCUUAAGGACGGUCGUGGAAGAACUCAAUGAUGAUGAGAAAACUAUAACAAGCACCUUUGACACUCAGUUUAAAUGCAUCAUCAUGGGACAGUCCAGUCAGAUGCUGGAGAUUAAAUCUGUGCGCAAAAUUGAAACUGAGCUGGAGAACUCGAUUGCUUCACGUUGGCUUUUUGAUACACAACCGCUUGAUGUGAACAAACCUCUUUCAUCUUUUAAGCUGGUGUGUAGUCUUUCUAUGGAAGACUGUAACAAAGGAGACUGGGGCCGAUGGUUGUUUGAGAUAAAGACAUUGAAUUCCCUGACUGAGUUGGAAAGCUCAAAAACUGAAGAGGUAGUUGGGGCAGAUGUGCGCAAACACUGCUUGAUGUUUGAAACCCAACCAAUGGAUUCUCUCAAGGAUGAUUCAAAUUCCAUGACUCACUCUGUUGAAGAAAUCAUUGGGGGUAAUGUUAGAUUAGCGAGAAACUUAUUUGAAAGCAGCCCUCAAACAGAGAGGAACAACUGCCCUGAAGUUGGAAAAUUUAAAAAGGCACUGGCGAAUGAAGAAAUAAAAGGUGAUGUGAGACAUCAAAAGUGGCGCUUUGAGAGUCAACCUCUGGAGCACAUACAAGAGGAGAAGAAAGAGAUAACUCGAACUGUAAACAUCGAGGAGGACCUUACGCAGGAGGAGGGCACAAGUUGCAGAGCAGAUGUUCAUAGGAAUUGCUGGGUGUUUGAGACCCAGCCAAUGGACAUGUUAAAAGAUUAUUCAAACUGCCUUCCAUUGACAAAAGAGGAAAUCAUUGCAGGCAAUGUAAAAUCUACCAGACAUUACUUUGAAACAAUCCCAACUGAGGAGCCUAAGGAGCUUGCAGAAGUGGGCAAACUGAAAAAAAUGGUGGUACCAACUGAUGGGCCUAAGGAACUUGCAGAGGUGGGAAAACUGAAGAAAAGAGUGGAACUUGAUGAGGAGAGGGGAGCUGUUCAACAUCAGAAAUGGCUAUUUGAAAGCCAACCUUUGGAGCAGAUUCGAGAUGAAAAGAAGGAAGUCAUUAGAACAAUUGACUUGGAAGAAAUCGACAAAGUGGACGUGUCAAACUAUAAGCAAAUCUUUGAGAGCACAGAUUUAAACAGAAGAGACGAGUCUCAAAAGAUCCAUAUUGAGGGUGUCACAAGUGGUUCAGUGCAAUCUAACAAAAACCUAUUUGAGUCAGGGCUAUUGUAUGCCAUGCAGGACCGCUCAGGUCACUUCCAUGAGGUGAAAACAGUGCGUCACGAAGAGGUGGUGAGCGGAAAUGUAACAACAUACAAAUGGAUGUUUGAAACACAACCAAUUGACCAAUUUGAUGAAAGCAUUGACAAAUACCAAAUAAUUAAGGGUGUAUCCAAACAGGAAAUAGAAUCUGGUGUUGUUAAGACUGCCAAGUGGCUGUUUGAGACACAGCCUCUUGAUGCCAUCAAGUACUUCAGCAACAUCGAAGAUGAGGAAAUAGAAAGUAAAAAGCAAGAAAUUAUGAAAGGAGAUGUAAAAAACUGCAAGUGGCUAUUUGAGACACAACCAAUGGAUGUCUUGUAUGAAAAAGUGGACAUAAACAUUGAAAAUCAGUCUGAAGAAAUGCCAAAGGGAGAUGUUAAAAUGUGCACAUGGCUUUUUGAGACGCAAGCCCUUGAUACAAUCCAUGAUGAGACAGAAACUGUAUUCAAAACAUGCACUGUGAAUCAAGAGGACAUUCAAGGGAAAGAUGUCAGCACGGCGUGUUUUCUCUUUGAGACAGAAAAACUAGAGAAUCUUUCUGGGGAGGAUGCACGCUCCUUUAAACGAGUCACAGAGAUUGACAUUGCAUCUGGAGAUGUGUUGAGAAAGAAGCACAUAUUUGAACACAGCACCUCCGAUAUCAUGACAUCAACAUCAGAGGAAAUGAUGCAACAGCUCAAGAGAGCCCAGACAGCGGAAAUACAGAAAGGAAACGUAGUGACCUGCAAAUGGCUCUUUGAAAAUCAAUCUAUAGAUACCAUACAUGACGGUAAAGAGGAAGUGCUGACAAGCCGUACGGUAACUGAUGUACACGGAGGGGAUGUAGACAGAGGUCGCUUCAUCUUUGAGACCUUCUCCUUGGAUAAAAUUAAGGAGGCAGUGUCUGAAACUGAGUUGUCCACAAUGCAAACGAUUGCUCGCCAUGAUGAAGAGAAGGGCGAUGUGACAAAUUACACAAUGCUCUUUGAAACUCAGCCUCUUUAUGCUAUUCAGGACAAGGAGGGCCAUUACCAUGAAGUUACCACAGUCACCAGCGAGGAGGUGACAAGUGGAGAUGUAAUCGGAACCCGGUGGUUGUUUGAAACCAAACCCCUUGACGCCAUCAAGGACUCCGAUGAGGUUUACAUAAUUAAAUCUGUCACACAGCAGGAUGACCAAAAAGGAGACGUCAUCUCUGCAAAGUGGAAAUUUGAGACACAGCCACUUGAUAGGAUUUCUGAAGAAAAAAAGACAUUUAUAAAGACUGUAGAUGACAUUCAAGGGGGAAAUGUUAAAAUGAAUAAAGAUCGCUUUGAAUCUGAUACUCCGUUGGAUUUUGUCAGAACAGUCAAUGUAAGUGAAAUACAAAAGGGUGAUGUCAGGUCAGCCAAAUGGAGAUUUGAGACCCAGUCAAUUGAUAAAAUAAGGAGCCUGAGUUCAGAAAACCUGAUUGAGACGGUUAAAAAGGAGGAGGUGGAAAAAGGAGAUGUGAAGCAUUCAGUUUGGCUGUUUGAGAAAAACUCUUUGGACCACAUUAAAGAGGUUGACGAGGAUGAGGAGACACAUGUCACUCAAGAAGAAAUUGUCAAAACAGAUGUAAAGUCAACAACGUGGCUCUUUGAAACAACUCCUUUUGAUGACUUUAAUGUGACGAAAACAGAGAAGACAGAAAUCUUGGGCAAGAGCGUCAAGGAAACACUUGAAGAGCUUUAUAGUCGGAAAGUGGUGACAUCGAAAGGAAUACUCAUCGAAUCUGAUGAAAUCGGGGAUGUUAGGAUGGCAAAAUACAAUCUAAUGAAUCAGCAAGCUCCUGAGAUUCAGCGGGAGGAUGUAAUCAGAGGGGAUUUGCAGACAAUUAUGAUGAACCUCCUGAACAGACAGGAACAACAGGGGCGGCAGCUGGUCAUUGAGUCAGAAGAGAAGGGUAAUAUCAGUUCAACAGUACAGAAACUUUUCAACCAAGAGAGCAAAAAAAGUAUUGAAAAGGAAGAAAUUAUACGAGGGGACAUUCAGGAAGCCAUAAAUAACCUUUUCAAUGAUAGUGGCUCAGCCAAACAUGGACUUCUCAUUCAGGAGGAUGAAAAGGGUGACGUACGGAUGACAAUAUAUUCCCUUCUGAACAAACAAGACUGUGUUAGUGUAGAAAAAGAGGGUGUGGUAAGAGGGGAUGUAAAGAGUGCCCUGAAAAGACUCGCCAGCCAAGAUCAGCAUGAUCUGACAAAGAGGAUAACGGUAGAUGAAACUGAGAAGGGAAAUGUCAAUUUUUAUUCCACAUGUAUCGAAUCUGGAGCCCUCAGUUAUCUAAAACAGCUUAAUUUAGAACCAGAUGAAGCGUUACCUGAAGCGGUAGAGAAAGAAAAGAUUCUUGGUGGUGACAUUCAUGGCAUGAAAGUCAUCCUUAGUCAAAACCAAACUCUGAUAGAGCGCACAGUGGAUGAUAUUAUGCCGGGUGAUGUUCACAACACAGUAAAAGUUUUCAUGACGGAGCCCACCGUUUCAUCAGAGAGUCUCCUAAAGGAGGAGAUCGUUAAAGGGGAUUUGAAAGCUGCAUUGACUUCAUUGUCGGAGUCGGUGAACCAGACAGUUGUUGUGGAGAAAGAGGAGGUGGUGAAAGGCAACAUACCCAAAACAAUGCGAUGCCUAGAGAGGGCACAACAUCGUCUGAAGGAAGUAGAGAAGCCAGAUAUCAUCCCUGGUAACAUCAAAGGAACUCUGAGAUCCCUUGAGAAAUCUGCAACUUCCCGAGUUAAAGCCACCAUGGAUGAUCUAGUUUCUGGAGAUGUUAAGGCCACAUUAAGAUAUCUUGAGCUGGCAAAGCAAACAGUGCAUGAGGUGGAAAAGGAAGAAAUUGUGAGGGGUGAUAUUCACACAGCAAUGCAAUGUCUCCACGACGCUUCUGCUGAAAAGAGAACAUGUCAACAGGAAAUAGUUGUCCAGGGGGAUGUCAAAGAACAGCUCUUUACGGAACCUCCUUCCUCUCCCAGAAUGCAGAGGAGCUCGAGCACUGAGGAGGAAGAAGUGAAAGGUGAUGUCAAGGUAUCAAUCAAGUCCUUAUAUGAAACACAAGAGCAAACUCUGAUAGAGAAAGAAGAAGUGAUAAAGGGCGAUGUGAAAGGCAUGAUUAAAUCACUUAUGGAAACGGCACAUCGUGACACUCCCAAAGGUAAACUUGGCUCCUACAGAAGAGUCAGAGUUAAGCAGAGGCCUCCUGUUAAAAAUGUAAAUGCUGAGACACAGAGGAACGCACAAAAAAUCAAAACUGCAGUUUCACCUGAAAGUCAGUCUGGUGCUAAUGAAACAAAAAACGUUCAAUCAAAGUCUCGUACAGUCGAAAGGAGUACCAUGCAAUCAAAAACGAUUGUAAAGCACAAAACCAUAACACAAAGUCAUGGCAUCAAAACAUUAAAAACAGAAUUCUGCAAUCUAAAGCCAAAGGGAAUGAUACAGUUAAAUAAAACUAAAGUAGAAACAGAUGUUUACACUAUCAAAGGACAAGUGCCGGAACCAGAUUUGCCUCUUCCUCCUCCACCUCCACCUGUGGUAGAUAUUGAACUUCCUCCGCCGCCUACACCACCCCCUCCGUGUGUGGAUUCUGACGUUGAUCACCUCCCUCCUCCACCGCCACCAGCUACCAAUGAGCAGGACUUCCAACCAACACCAUCACCACCACCUCAGCAGGAACUGGAAAGAAUGCCAAAACAAGCAGUUCAUGUUUCACCAGCGGAGGCUAAAAAGAUGGUGGUAAAGAAAGUCAAAGCUCCAACUUUGUGUCCUGUCCCAAAGCUUAAGCCUGAAGUGGAAAAAUACCACACAGCAGAGUUGAGUCAGUCCAUAACUGCGACACGUAUAUCUAAAACAACUGAAGUCCCACCACCACUGGAAUCGCCACAAGCACCGAGGAAAGUUUGCAUCUCUCCUGUAAGAUUCACCCCGCCUUCUUCCCCCCCGCCUCAAAUGAGAGGGAAAACAAGGAAAUUUAGCACCCCAUUAAUAAAAGCGGAGGAAAAGUACCGGAAGCACAAAGAGGAUAGCACUCCUCCAACCACUCCAACUCCUCCCAAUAUAAAUGACUCACUUUUUACUGCUCUUCAGAAUAUUGCCACUGAAGAUGUAAAGCAGACACAUAACAUGCCCAAGAUAAAACAGGCCACAACUGAAAAUGCAGCUUUGAUACUUAAUUUAGACUCCUCAUCAUGUGAUGCAUCCAAGCAGUUUGUUAUCUCCAAUACCAUUCAGAACAAUGUCAGCACCAUUCAUGAAAGAAUUCUCACAGGGCCUGCCACAAUAUCAUCUGCCAAACAGGAAAUGGUUUCUAAUGAGUCUUCUAAGGUCAGCUCUGUUCAAAAGAGCUAUUCCGGCAUUGCUGUGAGACAAACUGCGCAAACAACGAAACAGAAAAUAGUUUCACUUUCCUCCCAUGUGUCAACUCAGGCUGUCAUUGCUGUUGAGAAGAAAGAUGUGAAAAAUAUGAAAGUAAGGGGAGCUGAUAUAACUGAAAGAAAGAUGGACGAUGAAACAGGUAUAGAUAAUGCAACAGGCCUUGUUAAAAUGGUGAAACCUGAAACCACAGAACAGAAUUCAAAGAAAUCUCAAUUGCAGUGCAAGAGAAAAGAAAAAACUGAAUUGCCCACUGAUCAAUCUACCACCAAAAACCAGGACACUGUCUGUGAUGAACUGAAUCAAAGAGAAAAAGCAGAAGUUAUUGGGACUGUAAAAACAGGAAAAACAAACCAAAAGGUAAAAAAGAACAAUAAGCAGGAAAAGCAGGUUGAUGCAAAGGUGGAAGAAGAGAGAAAGACACAGGUGAAAGUGAGCAAUGGCACUGAACUGAAAAUAAUGAAUGAGUCAAGCGAGAUAAAGACAGAAUUAAAGCAGGAGAUAUUGCAAGUGUCUCCCUGCCCAAUGGAUGAUGUUACGAUCAAUUUAACUGACAGCCAAACAGCAACUUCAACACCAACAAAGAAGAAAAAGAAAUCGAAAAAGUCUAAAGGGGGUACACAAUUAAGUCAAAGUAAAGACGCUGGCACAGAAUCAAAGACGCCAAUCACAGAAACAUUAAAUGAAACAAUUGCUCUUUCCCAAAUUCACACAAGUGUCACAGAAGGGGAUGCUCAAGAAGCCUUGAUGACAGAAAGGAAAGACGACAAGAACUCCCAGCAAAAUCAUCUGAAGGGAUUGAAAAAGAAGAAAGCAGUGACAGUUGCUCAGAAGAGCGCACAGGCGUCACCAGAAGAAAGUCGUGCCAUCCCAAUUAAAGUGCCAGUUGAGUCAGAACAAAAUGAAAUGGUAGCGUCUAGAUCAGUGGGAAAAGUGGAAUCUCAAAAACAACAGGUUUCAGGCUUAAUCUCGUAUAUCACAGGGAUGCAAACUGUUUCCAAAACUAGGCUUAGUACAUUUUCAGAUUGCCUCACAAGCCCACAGGUGCCUCACAGAUCAGGGGAUUCUGUUGCAGAGACUAAUCUGGCUCAAAAGGUUGAUAUGAAGGAGAAGCAUGAAUUGGAGUCUGUUGCUGAGACAACUGCAUGUACUAAAAUAUCCAAGAUCAACAUUGGUUCUACAAAAGUACAGAAGCAAACAAAGAAAGAGACCUUAAAUGAAAGCAAGAAAGAAGAACAAACCGACCUUCGAGCUCCCUCGCCAUAUCUGAGAACCCGGCCUCCCUCUCCUACAUUUCUCGCCAUUGAAUCCAUUCGAAGGACCAACUCGCCCCAGAGGGUCACUCCUUCACCUACACUGCUCCACAGGCCAGCCACACCUCCCACGCCGCCACCCCGCUGUCACACCCCGACGUCACGUCGCUGCGACACCCCGACGUCUCGACCUACAAGAAUCACACCCUCUCCGACGUUUGACCUAGCCGAGAAUUUGCCGCGACUUAAAGGCACUACGGCCAAGCUCUCACGUGGCAUUACCCCACCGCCGUUAAUUUCCACACAACUAAUAUCUGAGAAGAAAUCUGAAAUCGUGGAAACACCUGCAUCAUUCCAUCGGCAAAUCAAACUUGAGGCCACCCACACCUCAGAGACCUCCAGAAACAAUGUAUUAGAGACGAUAGGAAAAAGUACCUCUGAAGCUCCAGAGGCUUUAAAUGCAAAUAAAACCCAAAGUAGCUCUGGCAUCAAACCGCCACUUUGUAAUGAUGUCCCUGACGAUAUCUCAGAGUUAUCAAUGGCUUCAGUCAGAGAAAAGAGGGAGUUUUUUGAGGAGGCCCGAAAGGCUGAAAUGAAUAAAACCUAUAUCCGUAAGGAACCUAUUGCUAUCCCUGAACGACUGGGGCCAGACCUGGAGGAUAGUGAUGAAGAAAAUGUGCGUAAAGAAAAGGAAGAUCUACCCAAAGCAGACUUGUCUGGUCUUAUAAAUAAAUUUGAAACAACAGAUAAAACGGCUAUCAGCAAUGAGUUAGAACCACCUGCACAGUGGUUUCACAACGAAGGUGAAGAUUGCAUCAAAGAGAAGGAAGACCUUUCAGAAAGGGCGUUGCCAGCUUUUGACACCCAGGCUCUUAAGAAUGUUUUUGAAAUGAGUGAGGAAAGGUUCUCUUUAGAUGAGCAGAAAGGGGGUCGGGAAGCGUCAGUCGACACAUCAAAGCUGCAAAGUCCUCCAGAGAUGCAGGAAAGCUUAAAGGAGAGCUCUGCCCUCCCCCCUCAUGAAAAUGUGGUAGAAAUUGUACAGACAGAUCCAUCAGCUUGCUCUGAGAGCAAAUCAAUCACAGAGCAUUGCUCAAACGUUGAUGUGUUUGGGAGCAAGGUCACGACGACAAGUGUCAGUCAGCAGUCUGGCAGCGUGUCAAGACAGCCGGCUCCUUUUUCCUAUGCUGACGCGGUGAAAAGGAAAGCGGUGGCGGCGAGAAGAACGCAAACGUGUGACGAAGACGCCACCGAGAACUUACUGAAGAACUUCCACCUAACCAGGAACAACAGUGAGAUGGUUUUCAAGAGUCUCGGCGACACUGUGUCAGAAGUGAUGACGUCACAAGCAGUGUCUCAUCAGGCUCGUCAGACAACCAUUGUCUCCGGCUCGAGUUCCGAAGUCGGAGCUCUGCACAGUGUGUCGAAGGAGGGUUUAUCCGAUGGAUGGAUGGAUAGUGGACAGAAAAAAGUACCAUAAAUCCUGUUUCUUCUGUGAACAAUGCAAAAGUAAACUAAGCCUGGGAAAUUACGUCUCUCUCCACGGACACUUCUUCUGUCUGCACCACUACAAACAACUCCUCAAGUCCAAAGGGAUGUACGAUUAUGAACUCGGGCAGAAAGCUCCCACAGGAACUGGUGGAUUCAUCCCACCAGA